CGAUGAAUGGAUAAACCAGCAGCCUAUCUUUUCAUGUUUGUGUACGCAUGUAGGGGCGUACAUGUAGGUACAUUAAUCAAUGAAAACAUCAAUGCAAGCAUCAGUUGCCGUAUGAUCAUUUACGUAUGCAUGUACCCAGGUACAUGUGUAGUAAAGAAGGAAGUCCCGACUAACACCACUAAGUUUUGUGGCUGGCAAUUGAUAUUAUCCAGGGACUUUGGCGCCGCGCUGUUUCCAAUCAAGGCAAGGGUCCCCCCAUUAAGUUCGGAUCCCCUAUCACUUACUACCUUCUGGGAUGAAGGUCUGGGGUUAUCGUCCUUUCCUUGUUAUGUUGUUGUACGCCCCUAGUCCACUUGCGCAGUCAGGAACGAGUGGAUGAGCAUUGGGACGUGGGAUCAGUCCGCCAGUCUCUACCAUCUUAGUUUUCGCAAACUAAAUCUUCCACUCAUCCAUCACAAUGCCUUCCGCUGAAGAGCCCCAACAGCAAGCUCCUAUGGAGAUGACUGCCACUGACGGCGUCGUUGCGCAGCAGCCUACUUCAGAACCCCCGAUCGUAUA